GCACUCAGAGACACACUUCAGCGAGUGUAGACACGACUGAUCCUGACACCUGGUAAUGAUGUGGCAGUUGCUACAGAGAGGGGUGCUGCUUGUUCUCGUUUCACUGUGGGCUGUAACCUCUGGCCAGCUGCAGGAUUGCUGGGGACAUCGCAAGUGCUUCGAACUGUCGUCAGUGCCAAAACUGAUGGAAUGUAUUGAAACCUGCAAAGCAGACCAGACUCUGGAAUCCCCAAUCUAUGCUGGCAACAGCCAGCUGCAGCCAAUUGAAGAAAACAUCAGGAAUUAUGUCAUGGGUCACUUCCGCUGGAACAAGUUUGGAAAGAAAAGAGCCAACAGCACAGGGUUAUCAGGCAGCAAGCAAGAGAGUGAAAGAGUCAGGGCUCUGUUGGUCCAGCUCCCUGCCCCAGAGUCUCAAGCCCCUGAGAUGGAAAGUGAGGACAUGGGCACCCAGUUUCCUAGGCAGAAUGAUAAGAGGUCCUACUCAAUGGAACAUUUCCGCUGGGGUAAACCAAUGGGCAGGAAGAGGAGGCCCAUUAAGGUCUCCCCAAGUAACUUUGAAAAUGAGUCAGUGGAGAACAUGGGUCCAGAACUCAAGCGUGAAGAAUCUGCAGACUUUGACUACCCGGCAGAGACAUCAGAAGUGGGCGAUAUGGAUAUGGAAGGAGCUGCCAAGAAAGAUGGGAAGAUUUACAAAAUGACCCACUUCAGAUGGGGCAGGGGUCCAAAGGGCAGUGGUCAAGGCUGGGGUCCUAACCACAUGUACACCCAACCUCUGCAGUUCAGCAACCUGGAAGACAUGCUCCAGGAAAGCAUGGAGAGUGGCCUGCCUGAGGAAGAGGUGAAGAAAGAUGGGGAGAAUUACAAAUUUGGACACUUCCGGUGGAGUGCCCCACUCAAGGACAAGCGCUACGGAGGCUUCAUGAAGUCCUGGGAUGAGAGGGGCCAGAAGCCUCUACUGACUCUCUUUAGGAAUGUCAUCAUCAAGGAUGGUCGUGAGGCUAAAGCUCAGAACCAAUAGAUGGAUAAAGCUGAAUAAGAAAGCUAGGUGUAAGAGAUAGGAGCUGCCAACAAUCUAUUAGAGCAAUUGAUAAGAAGCACAUCUUUCAGUUAGAACCUGUCCCAGGCAGCUUUACUGCUCGGUAAUGGUUCAAUCAAUAAAGGAGAUAGAGUUGUACAUGGAGGCUUCAAUGAGUCAUUUGCCCAGGCCUGUGCUGUACAAAGAUAAUUUCCUACUUAUUGAGCUGUACAAUAUGUAAAUGAAUUCUGAAAAAUAAACUUUUUUUU